CUCGAAGCAGCAUACCGGAAGUCACCGCAGCUCCACAGCUGUUUGAGUAAAGUCACUAUCUACGCUUUCCGACAAGGGAGCCUUAUCGUGGUGUUCGAGCUCGAGGUCGACAAGCAUCACACACCCUCUGUCGUCGACCUGGAGAGCGAGUUCAGGGAGACACUACGGCGGGAGGCCGAGAAGGGACCCCAUGGCGCAUUCGGCCAUCUCAAAAUCGACCAGAACACUAUAGAGAUGACGGAAAUGCCCGAAAGCAGCCUACCCCACCCCGGUAACGCUGUAGACAGAGAAAGUACAAUCAGCGGCAGCAGUACGGUCAAAGAACACAACCAAGAAGGCGAUCAAGAGCAUCGGGAUUCAGAACAGUGGAUCAACCAGCACAGUCAGGAUCCGAGCGAUUAUUUCGUCCAAGACGACAACGAGACUUCGCCUCACGGCAUUGGCAGCACCGAUGAUUCUUGGCAACCCUUCUUUCCUGAACGGCCUGCAGAAGGCGAUCGGGCCGAAGGCGAGGACGGUGAAGUCACGUGGGAAAAUGCACCUGAGCUGUCCGAAGACGACGAUUCUCACGACGAAGGUCGUCAAGAAUACAGUUCGAAGAAAGAUCAUCAGGGAGGUCACGCCAUUGCUGCCGUUAAAGAACACGGAAGCGUAGUCAUAACAACUCGGCCACAAGUAGUAGUCACAGAGCCCCCGUACACGACGGAGGAAGGGUAUCCGCAUGUAAUCGACGCUUCAACCCCCACGGUACCCACGCGUAUCAUUGCAACUAGUCAAGAUAGGUUCACGAACAAACACGGCUCGGAAUUGACCGAACUCACCGUGGGUGCCGGAGUCGUAAUCAAGGUAAACAGAAACCCGGUGUCCACGAAAGACGCCUCGAAGGCAACGCCCAUUAGACCUCUCCUUGUGGACUUCAAAGAUGUACAAGAGCCUCCGGCCCCUCCGGUAUCCGUUCAAGGUCCUAACGUCGCAAGCUCCGCCGCUUCGCCGCCUGUGCUAAAACCGGCGGUCCACACACGAGUCAGCGGGACCGCUGUUUCACCCGGAAACAGCGGAUCAAGCGGCAGUGGCCCACCUCUUCGGCCACCGUACAAGCCACUGUCCUCCUCGGAAAUCAGGGUGGGCGAAGCACCAUCGAGUAAACCGAGUGACGCGAUUUCAGAAAAGCCGAUGCACGGUGUCGGGCAAGCAUGGCAGAUACACUUAGACGAUCCCAGCACCCAUACUGGCCCUAGCGUUACGCUGAACUACAGACCAAGACCUUCCCAGACGGCGACGAACGAGGGCGUCUCGCAUGGUUCUUCGGCAACGAAGACGCGUGUCAACCCACAGGAUUUAGGCGUCUCGAUGUCCGUGGGGACAGGUCUAUCAGUUCAUCAGCAGCCAUCGGUGCAGAAGAACAAUCACAGGAAGGAGGUGACAACGCCCAAGCCCAUCACGUCGACCACGGAGUUUGAGAUCGGCGUGGGUCUCUUCGUGCGCCCACCUGUUGCCAGCGGCAGCAACAAAGUCAAAGGAACUCGCCUACAUCAGAGCACGAAAGCACCGGAGCCACAGUUUAUUGACCUCACGGCAGGAUUAGACGGUCUUCAAAUGAACGACAGUGUCCACGAUUCAGCAAAACCAGUACCACAGGAAAGACCUGCGAAAGAGUCAGCUUCGGAACACGCAUGGCGUCCUGUGGCAGAAACGCUUCCUGGUACAUCUUCAGUUUCAGCACAAGCUCCUGUAAUUGUACCCAAGCCGAUGCGAAGGCCUGCACAAGAGUACUCGGAAUUCGACAGUGUAUCUCCUUCCAGUGUCUCCAUCAAUGACAAACAAGACAAUGACGAAGCUACUUUUAUUCCGACCGUCUAUAGAGAAGGAAAGAACGCAACUACGUUCGUUCCGAUGGUCAACCUGGAUACCAAGAACAAAACACGAUUCAUUCCUCUAGUCCAUCAAGACAGAAACAACGAGACUGCGUUCAUUCCUGCAGUCCCACAAACCACAAACAACGAAGCCGCACUCGUUCCAGCACUUCAUCAAGACAAUAACAAUAAAACCACGUCCAUUCCAGUAGCCAAUGAAGGUGCGAACAAUGAAGCUGCAUUCAUUCCAGUAAUCGCUCAAGACCGAAGCAACGAAACCGAAUUAAUUCCGGUCAUCGAACAAGACGGAAACAAUGAAACUACCUUAAGUCUGGUCGGUGGUAUGCGCGAGGGACACGAGCUCAAGAACCCCGAGCUCAACAUAUCAUCCAUCUCGAUUUAUCAGACGGUAAGCACCAGCAGCGGAGGCCAUUCCGAGGUGCACUCGGUCAUCUACUCUGGAGGGCAGAACUCCGGUGGCAUCGCCAAGUUUAUCUCGGGUGACUUGCCUUCGAAGCCCGGCGCGUACGACUCCAAGUACACGCCCAGCGACGAGAAAGGUACCGAUUUCUACGACAAAGGCAGCAAGAACGGCGACAAGUUUGGCUACCGGCCUUCGUCGACCACGGUCAGCCCAGCGCUGAAGGUGGUGACGCGCGUGUCCUACAGCGUGGUCACCAAUGCGCCCCUCACCAAGGAUUCCGUGCACGAGAACGACAUCACCAAGCACGGAGAAGGCAACGGCCUCAGCGGCGACGCCUCGGCGGACCACACGUCCACCACGCCCCUCAAUGUGCCGACGACGUCCAAACGCGACUGCGACUACCUGAAAGAGAUCAAGUGCAAGAGCGGAGAAUGCGUACCACACUCGGCAUUGUGUGAUCGCCGCAUUGACUGCCGGGACGGAUCGGACGAACGGAACUGCUCUUGCAAAGAUUACCUCAAGCACGAACGUUUGCAGCACAAGAUUUGCGACGGCAUUCUCGACUGUUGGGAUCUGACGGACGAGAUACAUUGUCCUUGGUGCAGUCCUGAGAUGUUCGUAUGCCCCGGAGCCAAGCAGUGCAUACCUCAGAAUAAAGUGUGCGACAGCCAUCACGACUGCCCGUAUGGGCUGGACGAAGUUCAGUGUGUGGGUCUGGUGGACGAAGAAGAAGGAGCCACUUCCAUGUCGGGCCAGGGCUACCUGCAGCUCAAACGCAACGGUGUCUGGGGCAAGCUGUGCGUCGACCGGUUCCCGCGAUACCUGAGCAACGGCACCUGGUCACUCGGCGAGAUCGGACACGCAGCCUGCAACACACUUUCGUACAGGAAAGUACUAGCUAUCCGGAGAUCGAAAGACAAGAAGCACGGAGACGACAGCCAGUACUUUGAGAUGAGGCAUGAGGACGAUGAAAAGUCUAACAUCGCUGUAAUCUACAAGGAGACGGACUGCCCAAGAAAAGAAGUACUGCACAUCAAGUGUUCCACGCUUGAGUGCGGCAUCCGUCCUCUGGGCACGUCUCUACGACAGCGCAUCGUGGGCGGCCACAGCUCGGCUCCGGGCUCCUGGCCCUGGCAGGUGGCCUUGUACAAGGAAGGCGAGUUCCAGUGCGGCGCCGCCCUCGUCAGCGACCGCUGGCUCGUCACAGCGGGACACUGCUUUUACAACACACUGACGUCACACUGGGUGGCACGGAUGGGCAUGCUGCGACGCGGCACCGAGAUGCCCUCUCCGUUCGAGGUGGUGGCCAGCAUAUCGCACGUGGUCAUCCACCCGGAGUACGUGGACAAGGGCUUCGCCAACGACAUCGCGCUGCUCAAGCUGGACAAACCCGUGGACUUCAGUGACUACAUUCGACCCAUCUGCCUGCCGAGCGACGGUGAGACGGAGAGGCCGAGACACACAUCAUUCUGCGUGGCGGUCGGCUGGGGAAAGCUGCUCGAAGUGGGACGUCUAUUUCCCGACACGCUACAGGAAGUGCCAUUGCCCGUGCUGACAACGGAGGAGUGCCGCAGGAGGACACUCUUCCUGCCGCUGUACAACAUCACAGAGAACAUGUUCUGUGCAGGAUACGAAAGGGGAGGCAGGGACGCCUGUCUGGGUGACUCCGGAGGACCGCUUAUGUGUCAGAAAGUGGACGGCCGGUGGUCUCUGGUCGGGGUGACCAGCAAUGGCGACGGCUGCGGACGUCCAGGCAGGCCUGGUGUCUACACCAAAGUGAUGCGCUACCUGCCCUGGAUUCACAGUACCAUGGAAAGUGACCCGGCACCCAAGCCACCGAGCACGUGCAAGGGCGUGCGCUGCCGCCUCGGACGGUGCAUCACUCCGGACCAGCUAUGCAAUGGCACCAAGGACUGCUUCGAUGGCCGCGAUGAGGAGGACUGUCCCAUUGGCAGCGGCUGA